CAGACUCGCAAGCAAGGGUGGACGGAGGGAUGAAGGGCGACCGGAGGCGUCGCCGAUCUCGCUCGUCGGCCGCGCGCCGCCUGUAGUUCUUUCGUGCCAAAUUGAGUGAAACUCGGACUAAAGUAACAAUUUCCCUGCGGACUGAGACACCGACUGAAAAACAUUUUCCGUACUGAGUGUUGCAUAUACAUAAUUAACCCCUAUUGUCGUACUGAUCGUCCCCCCGUGCAGCUUUUUCAAGUAUUUUCGCCACAGCGUUUUUGAUACACAACAACAUACGAAGAAGAACAAACAACCACACCCGAUUGAUAUUAUAGAAGAAGUAACAGAGAGAUUUAGCUGCAGAUAUUCGUAUAUUUGGAUAGACACUUUAAGAGUAUAGAAUUAAUGUUCCAAGAUGUCGCCUAGAGUAUUUUCAGAAGAUUUAGUCACGGCUGUAGUGAUUGUUCUUGGAUUAAUGACCAACAUUCUCUACGCUGCAAGUGUUUACGAUAUUCCCCACCUUCGUCGAGAAAAAGUGUUCAUGAAAGCGGGAGCGAACGCGAGCCUCUCGUGUCCAGGCGUCGGCGAGCAGUCCAUUGUCAUCAACAUGGAGUGGUUCUGCAUCCGAUGCGGUUCGUCCGGCGCCGCCGAGAUCAAGUUGGUCGAGUUCAUGGGCGAGAGCACCACCGUGUGGGAGCACCGGGGCCGCAUCUCGCUGCACCCGGAGACGUUCGCCCUCAACCUGCACCCGGUGCUCAGCCAGGACACCGGCGAGUACAUCUGCCUGGUCAACAACCGUCCCACACCCGAGGCCAUCGUCAAGCUCGUCAUUCAAGACGUGCCUCCGCCGCCAGGCCGACCUUUGAUCAUGGGCUUCACGUCCCGCUCAGUCAAUUUGUCGUGGGCGCCGCCGCAAGACAUUCAAACGGGCCACAUUCUCCACUACAUCAUCAGCAUUAGGGUCGGCGAGAAUGGCGACUGGGACGAGGACAUGAGCGGCAUCGAAUUAAGCGACAACCGAACGAGCUACCUGGUGGCCAAACUCCGUCCAUUCACCGUCUACAGCUUCCGCAUCAUCGCCGUCAACGCCUUGGGACCCUCAAAGCCCAGCAAGGAGUCCUACUACAUGGUCACCCUCAGGGAAGUACCUGACGGCAAGCCGACGAUAACGACCGCUCACAACACAAGCGCCACCGCGAUCCACAUCAGUUGGCGGCCACCACCAAAAGACUCGAUCCACGGCGAGUUCCUCGGGUACAGACUCGCCUACCGCCAGCGAGACCGAUCUGCUCAGCCCUUAAAUGAAAUUUAUAUCAGGGACCCAAAUGUUAAUAGUUUCACGAUCCAGAAUCUGGAAGUCUACUCUCAGUACCUGGUGUCCCUGCAGGUGUUCAACCCCGAAGGUCCUGGUCCCAGCACGACGGUCCUCGUCAUGACCGACGAAGGCGUUCCCUCAAGACCACUCAACCUGACGAUAAACUAUGUCUCGUCUCGGUCAGUGGGACUUUCUUGGGGCGCCCCUGAGAUGAAAAAUGGUCUCUUGCUUGGCUUCAGACUCUACUUUUUGCACAACAACUUCACCGACAGCAUCACUUUUAUUGCUAUCACCACCCCUCUCACCACCUACAACCUCACAGGACUGACUCCGAACGGCGAGUACAAGAUUUGGGUGAAGGCUUUUACGUACAAGAACGAAGGGGAGCCGUCGAUUGCUGUAGAAUGCAAGACGGACAUCGCCGGUCCUGGUCCUCCGAAAAUUGUGAAUUUGACCUGCUUGAGUGAGGAGUCGCUGUUCAUCCAGUGGAUGCGCCCCGUCAAGUUUUACAAAAACAUCGAUUACUAUUACCUGAUGUUCCGCAGCGAGGACUCUUUCGAGUUCAGCGAAAAUGUCUUUAAUGCAUCAGCCGACUUGCUGAAGCCCUCGGCAUAUCUGACGAAUCUGACAACCGACAAAAUGUACGAAGUGAAAGUUCGUGGCGCCGUGCACAGCGAGCUGAACCGCUCCGAGAUUCUCCAGGGCGAAGAGUCUCAGUCGAGGAAAAUCCUUCUGAAGCCCAACUGCGACAAACUGCAUCUCUUCCAGAAGCAAAAGCAGAACGACCUCAGUGCUGGGGUCAUCGCCGGUUUUGCCUGCGCUGCUUUUUCCAUGAUCCUGGCCAUAGUCGCCUUUGUCCUUUGGAGAAAAUGCUUCCGGGACUCGUACAACUAUUUGGACGACUUGCCUCCAAUUGUGCAGACAGAGAAGGUGGACUGGGACAUCACGAAUGAGGAUGGCAUCAAAACCACCAUCCCCAUUCACCAGUUUACAAAACACGUCAUGGAGCUACAUGCAGAUGGAGACAUCGGCUUCAGCAAAGAGUACGAGGCCAUCCAGGCCUUGGCGACAAAAGAGGAAUUCCCCUCGGAAUUUUCUCAGCACCCUGAAAACAAGCAGAAGAAUCGAUACCUCAACAUCAUUGCUUACGACCACAGUCGGGUUCGUUUGAUGCCUGGAGUGGGCCAGAAGAAGCCCAUGGACUACAUCAAUGCCAACUACAUCGAUGGUUUCCAGAAGAGUAGGGCUUACAUUGGCACUCAGGGCCCUCUACCAACCACUUUUGAUUGCUUCUGGAAGAUGAUUUGGGAGCAGCGAGUUGCCAUCAUAGUCAUGAUUACCAAUCUGGUCGAAAGGGGACGGAGAAAAUGUGACAUGUACUGGCCCAAGGAAGGAAUUGAAACCUACGGAGUCAUCCAAGUCAAACUGAUCAAGGAGGACAUCAUGGCCACCUACACUGUCAGAACGCUGCAAGUCAAGCACACAAAGCUGAAGAAAAAGAAGGGCGUUGAAACGGAACGGACUGUCAAGCAGUACCACUACACGAAUUGGCCAGACCACGGCACUCCAGACCACCCACUGCCAGUGCUGAGCUUUGUCAAGAAGAGCUCGGCCGCCAACCCGCUGGACGCUGGCCCCAUUGUUGUCCACUGCAGUGCCGGAGUUGGUCGGACAGGAACGUACAUUGUUCUGGACGCCAUGCUGAAGCAAAUUGCAGCCAAGUCAGAGGUCAACAUCUACGGAUUCCUGCGGUACAUCCGCACCCAGCGCAACUUCCUAGUUCAGACUGAGGAGCAGUACAUUUUCAUUCACGACGCCCUGCUGGAGGCCAUUGAGUUUGGAAACACCUGCAUUGGGCACACCAACGUGCCCAACUACAUCAUCAACCUGCUCACUUCAGACGUCAUGCAUCCUGACAACACCCACAGGAAACUGCUUGAUAGCCAAUUUUCGCUCUUGACGGGCUUUUCUCCUCAAGAUUUCCAUCUUACCUCAGCCACCAAGCAGUGCAAUGAAUACAAAAAUCGUAGCACUGAACUCCUGCCUCUUGAAAACUCGAGGGUGCAUCUAACCCCGAAACCUGCCGUCGACGGAAGUGACUACAUCAAUGCUUGUUGGAUUCACGGAUUCCACAAACUGAAAGAAUUUAUCAUUACGCAACACCCCUUGGAGGCAACUGUGAUGGACUUCUGGCAGAUGGUCUGGGACCACAACGCCCAAACUAUCGUCAUGCUUUCCGACAUUGACAACACAAUAGACCAGCCAUUUGUGCAAUUCUGGCCGACGGCACAGGAUGAAUUGGAGAACGAAAACUUCAAGGUCAAGUUUGUGGACGAGAUCGAGCACGCCGUCGGCACCUGCAACGAGUUGACUGUUCAGUCGCUGCAUGAUGACUACGAGUUGCGCAUCAAGAUGAUCCGAUUUGCAAACUGGCCACACAGCUGCAGCAGCAUGACCACCGUCUUUGACUUGCUCAACCUUGUCCAAGAGUGGCACAUAGACUGCCAAAACGGGCCUGUUGUCGUCAUUGAUAGAUUUGGCGGAACAGAGGCAGCCACUUUUUGUUGUCUGACUUCUUUGACGAAGCAGCUGGAGUAUGAGAGCAAUGUCGACGUCUACAUGUAUGCAAAACUGUAUCACAACAAACGUCCAGGAAUUUGGAAAUCUCAGGAGGACUAUCUUUAUUUGUACCAGUGCAUUGAGAGCCUCUUGAAGUCGCGCGAAGGACUCCGCACACUGCCCCGAACGGGCAUCUACUUGUCAGUGAACGGCCGCGCCAAUGGCUACAUUGCCAACGGCAACAGCCACGUGAUGGCCGCCUCGCCAGCAGCCAGUCUGGUGGCCGUCGAGGAGGAGGACGAAGACGAGGAGGGCGUUUUGGCCGACGGCCGAGGCGUCCCCGAAGGUAUGGAGGGCGUCCAGUUGGCAGCCGAAACGACUGCCUAACUCGAAAAAAGACUGCGCCACGCAUUUGCUAGAUUAAUUCGCGCCGGUGGGGCCUGCCUAUUAACUUUUUACUAUCCCACUUUCUCAUUACCUCUGCCACACUACACAGUAUAUUAUAUAUAUAUUUUAUGUGAUAUUUUCCCGAUCCGGUUAUUUUUCUCGGUGAAAUGCACCAAGUUGAUUCUACUUUUCAUUCGAAAGGCACAGGCGUGGCUCCCGGGCGCGCUUUUGAGGGCAUUUGAAUGCAUUCCGAGGCCUUCGAAGCGGCCUCCUCGACGGACAAGUACAACUACUAAAAAUCAUGCCCAAUCUGCCCCGAAAUUGCCAAAGAUUAUUUUUAAAAGCAUAACUAACUAAUUAUUAAUUUUUGUGAUUUCUUGUUUGUAAGAAGCUGCCUGAAAAUCAAAAUUUGGUUUGUCACACAAGCAUUUUUUUUCUAAAAGAAGUCUUGCAUUUUUUUUUUUUUUUUUU